CGUGUUCACAACGCGUCUUCCUUUUUUUUUAACUUCGUCCCUUGCUUUUUCCGUUAUCCAAAACAACAACAACAACAACAACAAACAACAACACGAUUCACGACGCUUCUGCCUUUGCAUUUUAUUUUUCACAAAAUUCAAGGAAGAACUUUUGCAUAAAUUUCAGUCCUUUUUUUCUCUGUGUAAGAGAGAUUGUUAGUUAUCGUGUUUUGUAAGGCAAUCUUCAUUAACAGCACACCUUGUUCUUCUUCUUCUUCUCCUACCCACCCAAUCAAUUCUGCCGGCUGUUUUGUUUUUGUUUUCUUUUUUAUCUCCUCGCCUCGGUUUUAGCAAAACACCCUUCUUUUUUUAGUUAUCUUCUUCCUCAAGCAAAUUCUUUUCUCUGUGAUCUUUUUUGGAGAUUAAACAAAACAAAAAAAAAAGUUGGGAUUUUUUUUCAUUCUUGUUCUUGUUGUUGUGGUUGUGAUGAUGAGAAGGGGGGAGCGAGAUCAGCAGCAAUCUAGGGUUUUUUACGAUCUAUCUUCUCUUGUUUUGAAUCUUCUCCGUUCACCUCCUAUGCCUAUAUCUUUCCCCGACGAUCAGUUCUCCGAUCCUCCUCCUCCUAGAAUUCGUCCUCGUCCUCCUCAUACCUCUUCGCAUCAUCGUUUCUCUUCGUUGUCGUCGUCGUCUCCUUCCUUGGCCCAUAUUUCACCGUCUGGGUUCGCGUCUUUGCUGCUUGGUAUAUCUGUGGCUCUUAUGCUUUGUGGAUCUGUUACUUUCUUCAUCGGCUUUCUUUUGUUGCCUUGGGUUCUCGCUCUUAUCAUGGUUUUCUAUGUCGCUGGGAUCGUCUCCGCCAUUUCCAUGGUUGGGAGGUCCAUUCUCUGUUACGUCUUGACGCCUCCUUCUUUCUCCUCCGGAAAGCAGAUUUCUGAAUGGAAGCUUUUGUGAAGUGACAAACCAAUAAAAAAAAAGAAAAACAGAGCAAGGCUGGACAAAACGAAGAAGAAGAAGAAGAAGAAGAAGGGGAUUUGAUUAUAUAACCUUUAUAUAUAUCCAAUAGAGAGUUUCUAUAUGUUCUUUAUCUUGUAUUUGGGGGUUGGGGGAAAAUCAUGUGGAUAUUGGGGGAAGUUUUAUAACUUUACUUAUCAAAAAGAAUUUUCUAUUUUACUUUUAGAGAUAGAGAAAAGGCUUCUGAUAUUUGUGUGUGUUUUAAUGGAUAUGGGUUCUUUUUAUGUAACAUUACUUCUUAAAGCAUACAAAGAUUUUAGGAUUUCUA